UUUUAUUUUAAAUCGGUGGGCCCUGUGUGCUGGGUUUUUUCUCUGCCUUCAACACACACGGGUAUUUUACAGUAUUCAAGAUGGCAGAAACAUGUUUUCUUUGUGAAGGCAUCAUUCAUUAUUCCAUCAUUUGUUCCUUUAAUGCAGUCCUUUGUCUCCUUCCCUUCUGUCCAUCCUGCCUUCAUUCUUCCUCCUGCUUCAUCCCUUCUUAGAUAUUCCUUUCAAACAUCCUUGUCUCCUUCCUUUCAUCCUUCAUUCAUACCUUCCUCCUUUCCCUUAUCUUUUUUCUGUCCUUUGUUUUUUCUCUCAGACCCUCUCGUGCUCCUUUCCUGAAUUACUCCCAUUCUUUUUCACUUUCCAACUUUAAUAUCCUGUGUUUUUUUUUAACUUGUCUAAUUGGUUUUUGCUCGGCCUGCUUGCUCCUUCCUUUCCCAAGUGAUCAUUGUCUAGCUCCGCCCUUUCGAGGCGUGCGCGGACGACAAAUCCAACACGUUUUCAAGCAGAGAGGCGUGGGGCGCGUAAACGAGGAAGGAGAAGCUCCCAACUUGUUCUCCCGCCGGUGUGCCGACGUCUCUCGCCCCCCUCCCCUCCCCCGAGACCGGCACGUGAGCCCGCGUCGACCCUCCAACAACAUGCUGGCGGAGGACAUGGAGGUCCCUCUGCUCAAUAACCUCAACGACAACGGCGACAGGCUGAGGUCGAAAGGGAAAGAUGUGUUCAAGGAACAGCAAAAGGAGUCCGAGAGCUCCAUGGAAUCUCCCAACCUGGAGUUUGAAUACGGCGACACGGACACGCUCGUCGCCGAACUCUCAGAGCUUUACAGCUACACCGAGGAGCCCGAGUUUGCUCUGAACAGAGACUACUUUGAGGAAGACUUCCGAAGCCAUGCCCGUGGCCGACGGUGGAUCGAUUUGAGCGCGGAGGAGCGCCGCACGUACGUGAUGAGAUUACUGGACGCGCUGGAGGUGACCGACCGUGACAAGAGACUGAAGGUGGCGCGGGCCAUCCUCUACCUCGCUCAGGGUGUGUUUGACGAAUGUGACACCGAGGUGGACGUGCUCCGCUGGUCCAGGCGCAAUCUCUUCCUCCUGUACGACAUGGGCAUCUUCACGGCCCUCCUGGAGCUUCUCAGCAUGGAGAUGGACAACAGCCAAGCCUGCAGCAGUGCAGUGAGGAAGCCCGCCAUCUCCCUCGCAGACAGCACAGAACUCCGAGUCUUGCUCAGCAUCAUGUACCUGAUGGUGGAGACCAUUCGAGUUCAAACGGAAGACGACAGACCCGAGUGGAGAGCGGCCAGGGAGGCCUUCAAGAACGAGCUCGGCGCACCUCUGUACAACGGCGAGCCUUUUGCCCUGCUUCUCUUCUCCAUGGUGACCAAGUUCUGCAGCAUGAACGCGCCACAUUUCCCCAUGAAGAAAGUGCUGCUUCUUUUAUGGAAGACGGUGCUGUUCACCUUGGGGGGCUUUGAGGAGCUGCAGGAGAUGAAGGUGCGGGGCCGCCAGCGUCUCAACCUCCCCCCGCUCCCCGAGGACAGCAUCAAGGUGGUCCGGGCCAUGAGAGCCGCCUCGCCGCCCGCCUCCGCCAUGGAGCUCAUCGAGCAGCAGCAACAGCAGAAGAGAGGGCGGCGCAGUCGCAGGAGUGCCUUUGUUGAUAGCUUGGAAGGAGAAAGUCCCUUUCCCAAGAAGCAGCCGCUGGUCAAACAGGACAGUCUGGACACGUACAACGAGCGGGACCCGUUCAAGAACGACGACGCCCGCGACGAGGAGGAGGACCCCGAGGACGGCGACAGCGGCAUGGAGGGCGAGGUAGACCCGUUGGACCGGGAUGUCAUCAUCCAGCCGCCUCCUCCUCUCCUCCGGCCCCCCGCCGAGAGGGUCAACUUCCCCAAGGGCCUCCCUUGGGCCCCCAAAGUCAGGGAGAAGGACAUCGAGCACUUCCUGGAGACCAGUCGGAACAAAUUCAUCGGCUUCACCCUCGGAAAUGACAUCGAGACCCUCGUCGGCCUGCCCCGACCCAUCCACGAGAGUGUCAAGACUCUUAAACAGCACAAAUACAUGUCCAUCGCCGAAGUGCAGAUGAAACGAGAGGAGGAGUUACAACAGUGUCCGCUGAGCUUGGGCGAAGAGGAGGUGGAAGAGACCCCCGCAGAGACUCUCUACCUGGGCCUGCUUCCAAACCUCUCCCAAUACGUGAUCGCCCUCCUCAAGCUGUUACUGGCCGCCGCGCCAACCUCCAAAGCCAAAACGGACUCCAUCAACAUCCUCGCCGACGUGCUGCCUGAGGAGAUGCCCAUCACAGUCCUCCAAAGCAUGAAGCUGGGCAUCGAUGUCAACCGCCACAAAGAAAUCAUCGUCAAGGCCAUCUCGGCCCUGCUGCUCCUCCUCCUCAAACACUUGAAACUCAACCACGUCUACCAGUUUGAAAUCGUCUCCCAGCAUCUGGUGUUUGCCAACUGCAUCCCGCUCAUCCUCAAAUUCUUCAACCAGAACAUCAUGUCUUAUAUCAGUGCCAAAAACAGUAUAUGUGCGUUGGACUUUCCCCACUGCGCCGUCCAUGAAAUGCCUGAGCUCACCGCCGAGAGCCUGGAAACUGGAGACAACAACCAGUUCUGUUGGCGGAAUCUGUUCUCCUGCAUCAACCUGCUGAGAAUCCUCAACAAGCUGACCAAGUGGAAACACUCUCGGACCAUGAUGUUGGUGGUCUUUAAAUCAGCCCCCAUCCUGAAGAGAGCCCUCAAGGUCAAGCAGGCCAUGAUGCAACUGUACGUGCUCAAGCUGCUCAAAAUCCAGACCAAGUACUUGGGCCGCCAGUGGCGGAAGAGUAACAUGAAGACCAUGUCGGCCAUCUACCAGAAGGUCCGCCACCGGCUCAACGACGACUGGGCCUACGGCAACGAUAUCGACGCGCGGCCUUGGGACUUCCAGGCGGAGGAGUGCGCCCUUCGCGAGAACAUCGAGAGGUUCAACGGCCGGCGCUACGACAAGAACCGCAACGGCGACUUUGCGCCCGUGGACAACUGCCUGCAGAGCGUGCUGGGCCAGCGCGUGGACCUGCCCGACGACUUCCACUACAGCUACGAGAUGUGGCUGGAGAGGGAGGUGUUUGCACAGCCCAUCGAGUGGGAGGGCCUCCUGGCGGAUCAGUGACAGGGCAGGGGGAGCACCGACAGGGCAUGCCCAUGCCGAGUGUCAACACGUACGGAUGAGGCGGCCAAGAACCGAGGUAGCAGUUUCUUAUAACGGGGGUUCUCUCGAGCAGUAUCUUUAAGGAUCCACUAAAUAAAUAGCAUGAAAUUAUUGUCUGAUUAAACAUAAUAAAACAAUUAGGCCUUUCUACCUUUUGGGCAGUUAAGAUCCUUGAUAUGAUUGUUUUACUUAUUUUUUUGUGGAAAAUAGGCAACUCUUUAUGGGGGGUUUUGUAUGCGACCAGUCCCAAUCCCUCGCAAUUAAGAUUGGACAGGGUUCCUUGGAAGGAAAAAAAUAAUUUACACUGACCUGAAUAGUCUGAGAACCCCUGCCGAAGCAACAUCUUGUAGCAACAACUUUUAUGACUCCUGCUCUUUUUAUGCACUCCUCCAAAGUCGUUUUCCCUGUUCGCCGCUUUUUGAGUCCCCCAUUUUGAAAAUACGGGUGCUGGUUUGACCCCUUCCUUGUUUGUAUGCGGUGAACUUUGUAAAAAAUGUGUUUUUAAAGGGGGUGGGGGAGGGGGGGGUGAAACAAUGAAAAGUAUAAUCCAGUGUGUCCUAAAACAUUUGUAGACGAACAGCAUCGUGUUUACCAACCACACCACCCCCUAAAAAGGUCACAAAAUAUCUACUGACAUGAUCAUAUCAUCUCAAUUAUUUAGAAAUGUACUUUAUUUCAAAUCUCAGACUUUAGUGAUGUCAUAGUGUGGAUUCUAAUUAGGUGGGUUCUUCUCAAUCCGCCCAUCGACUGCAAAAAAAAAAAAAAACCUCUAGAGCUCGCAAUUGCCUUCACAAGCACAUUGUUGUCACAAUUUUUUUAAUUUCUUUCUCUACCUGACCUGCCAACCAGAAAAGCUUCAGGGAAAUUGUGGGCUCCAAUGAAGCACAAACAAAAUUGUCUGAACAGUCAUUGUUGUAUUUCAAACGGUUGUCUUGACUUUCAGUUCUGUGUUUCCCGCCACUCUUCUUCCCCCCACUGUUUUUAUUUCACCAAUGCCUCUGAAUAAUAUACAUGUAGAAUCUCAGGUUUACAAGGACACUAUAUUGCAAAGCUUUUAUCACUCUUAGAUCCUGAACACUCGCACAUUCUUGGACUGAACCUAUCCCUCACUUUGUUACUGGUGUGCCAAACAAAUAUGAGUGGCGUUUUAGCUUCCUCACUAUCUCCUCUGUUGUCAUGCUGUUUUAAAAUGCCAAAUGUUAUUUAUUUUCUACAUCAAAGCUGUACAGUCUAUAAAAUUAGAGAUUUAUUGUAUCGAGGAGAAUCAAAAGGUGUUGACGGUUCUUUUAAUGUGCAAUUACGGAUCCGCAGAGGUUUUAUUCAUGACAUAAUAAAUACAUUACAGCUCUAUUUAAACAAUGU